AUGGAUAUGCUGAUUCUGAUUGGGUGUCUCAUGGAACGAAAAGAGGUGUAUUUCCGCCGGCUGAUUAGGCAUAGCAUGUGGAGAUCUCACAUCCACGGCUUGCUACCAUUUCCUACGUUGGUUACUAGUUUGGCUGAGCUAGCUGAUGUCCCGUGGGAGGACGAUGAUGCGACACCACCACACCCAGAUGACGACGACAAGGAAGGCAUUGAGCUUCCUCUACUUCCAGACUCUCCCGCCUCUGAUGAGCAGGACCAAGAGGAGGAGCAUAGCGAGGAGGCGACACAGCAGGAGACACCACUAGAGACGCAAACCACCAUUGAGGUCCAGCAUGACAAUCCACAGCCAGUACUUGAGCUACAGCCAGUACCACCUCCAGUCCCACAGCCCGAGCCUGAGCAUGAGCCACAGCCUGUGCAUCUUGACAUUUACAAGAUGCUCCUAUUCCCAUUUUCUCUAAGAGACAAGGCCACUCAAUGGCUAGAAACCUUCCCAAAAGAAAGUAUUACCAACUGGGAUGACCUGGUUAGCAAGUUUCAUGCCAAGUUCUACCCCUCUCAAAGAGUCAUCAAGCUCAAAAAGAAUGUGCAAACUUCCAAACAACUAGAAGGAGAGUCACUAUAUGAAGCUUGGAAAAGGCAAGAAAGGUCUUGGACUACUCUUCAGGAGGGGUCAUUGCAAAUGAUGAAGACUGCACAAGAAGCACAUGAUCUCAUAGACAUGGUUGCUAACAACCAAUACUUCUAUUCCUCUGAAAGACAGGCAGCUCCCAAAAGAGGUGUUUAUGAGCUUGAAGGUGUAGAUGCAAUCUUAGCUCAGAACAAGCUUAUGCACCAGCAACUUCAACAACAAAUAGAAAUGAUGUCAAAGAGGAUGGAUGGAUUGCAACUAGCUGCAGUGAGUACAAUCAACCAACCUCCAAUUGUGUGUGGGCAAAGUGAAGAGAGCUAUGAAGCCUACAACACCGAGCAGAAGCAUGAACAAGUUCAAGACAUGCACAAUCCAAAUUCUGGCCAAAAUGACUUCCAUGGGGACACAUACAACCCCUCAUGGAGGAACCACCCCAAUCUAAAGCAAUUAUCUAAGAAGCCAGCUAAGAGGCCAACCAAUGCCUUCCCUAGUGAUACCAUUCUUAACCCCAAGGAGGAAAGCAAGGAAAUACAACUAAGGAGUGGGAAGACACUGGAAGAUGACACCAAGGUUACCAGCAAAGAAGGAACAAAGGAUGAAGAGAAUGACCAAAAGAACUCCAAGAAGAAAGAAGAACCACAAGCCUCAAAGAAGGGGAAGCAAGUCUUAGAGGAACAACCACAAGAGCAAAGAAGGGAGGUGAAGCCCUAUGUCCUUCCUCUACCAUACCCUCAGAGGCUGCACAAAGAAAUCAAGGACCAAUAA